GUGUAAUCUUAAGUCUGAUAGCUUAUAAUAUUUUUGGUCAGGUUUUAUGUAUCGGUAACGAAUACUACAACGAAGUGUUUAAGGUAUGUUCAGAAGAUGGAACAUCUCAUGAAAAGUUUUUCUCCAACUAGAACCUUAAAUAGUGACUCUGUAUGUGUACAUACAUGUUAAUGAGUGCCUUGAAAAUGAAAGCUAAUGUAAGUGCUCUGGUGCCUCUAUUUGUAGAAUACAUGGCCUUUUUGUGUGCUCACUUCCAUGGCAUCACAUGACGUUUGUAUUCAUGCUAAACAGAAAGGUUCUGUUGCUCUGUCACGGUUGAGGCCUAUUUUUCCUAAAACGGUUAUUGUAAAAAAGGUAAACCUUAAUGUAGAGCCCUUAAAUAAUACAAGGAUUAUGAGUAGCAUUUCUUUUAAUGAAGUGAAAGAAACAAAUAAAGUAGGAUGUACCUCAGAACAUUCACCAGUGCAUUCUGUAUCAGCAGAAGGAAGCAAGGUGGUUUUUUUGAAUAAAGUUAAAAAAUCUUGUUCCACCAAUCAUUUUGAGAUGCCUGGAUUAGAAAUAUUACAAAACAAACAACUUUGUAGUCCAUAUCAAAGUUUAAGUGUGAAGGGCAGAGGUGGAUAUUUGACUGGAAAACUACAAAACUGUACUAGACCCAAUACUUCAUGUGAAACAUUUCCCGAUAAAAGUCUCUUACCAAGCUUGUCCACUGUCGUGUCUGAAGGCCUCCCUGUGACCCAAAGUUCUUUGAAUUGUACAACACCUGUAAGGACACAGCCCCAGGUUAUUAGUUCUUUGUCUGUAUCUAGCCAGGUAGUAGGAACAAAAUAUCAGAGAAUUUUUAGUGUACCUACUUCAAAUGUUAGCUUAUCAGUUGACUCUGAAAAUAACAAUCUAAGCAUAUCUAAUGUUGACUUAAGAUCAAAAAACAGUGUUGGUUUUACAUCCACUCAAAGUAACAUUGUAAAAAAAUCUUCAGUAAUUCAGACUUCACAAAGGAAACCAUUAAAUGGAAAUACUACAUUUGGGUUAUUUGUACCAAUAAAACCUAAACCACUUCUAAUAGACACUAUCCAGCGGCCACCAAAAGGAAGAACUGUUAGAGAACUUUUAGACAGUUUAUCACAACGCCAUAUAGGAAGUAAAUCUGCUCCAAAUUUAUCUUAUAGAAAGACUAAUAAUGCAUGUUUAAAGAGGAACAAUUCUUUGUUAGAAAAAGUAUGUGUUAGAGAUUUGUUUCCAGGUAGUACAUGUCAGAGGCAUGAUAAAUUUAAUUUACAGUUGGAACGUGAAAGUGGAAAAAAGGUAAAAACUAUUCCAAGUUAUUCUGAUACAAGUGCCUUCCAAGAAAACACAAAAGAAAUUCAGAAGGAAAAAUCUUCUGAUAAUCAUUUGGAAUCUUUCCAGUCUAGUUCCAUAAAACCUGAAUAUGUUUCAGUAGUCUGUAGUGAGAGCUUAAGUUUUGAGAAUGAAGCUCCUUCAAAAGAAAUGGAUGCUGAAGCACACACUUUUACUACUAUACAAUUUGACAACAGCUUUUCCAACCAUGAAACCGAUAAACAACAAUUUCCAACAGAAGAAAUUCACACUGUGAAAAAAGAACAAAUUGAAUGUGAUGAAAAACAUCCAGUCAGAAAAAAGGCAAAAACUGUUUCAGGUUAUUUUGUUAGAAAUGACUUCCAAGAAUAUGCAAAGGAAGUUCAGAAGAAACAGUCAUUUUCCAAUAAACAUUUACAUUCUAUUAAUCAAAUCAUGGAUUAUAAGAAAGAAGCUCCUUCAAAAACUGCAUUGUCAGAAAUGAAUGCUGAAACAGACCGUUUUAGUAAUAUCCAAUUUGACAACAAUUCUUCUAACCAUGACAGAGAAAAGCAACAAUUUCCAGUAGAAAUCCACACCAUAGAAAAAGAACAAAUGGAAUAUUAUGAUAAACAUCUAGUUCAACACUUUGAGGAUAAUAAUAAUAUAAUAGUUAAGCAAGAAAAGGAAGGUGAGAAAUGUAUUCCGGAUAAACAUCCUAACACUGAAGAAGGAUGUUCAGUAAGGAUUAAAAAAGAAGUUGAGGAUGAAGAAUACCUGUUAAAUCAAGCUUAUAAUGAUUAUACAAAACAUGUUGAUGAUGAUAAAAACAAAAUAACAGAGUGUGUGUCUUUAGUUGGUGUACCCUCAAAAAAUAAGAAUUGUACAUCCAGUUUCUCUUCCAAAAAUCAUUAUUUUUCUGGAAAAGGUUAUGGAAUUGAUAAAACUAUAGAAAUGUCUCAAGAAAACAAAUCCGUUCCAGACUGUAAAACUUUAGACUUUGAGAGUCUUGUAAACUAUUCUGAAGUUUUUGGGGAUAAUGUAUUGUGUAGAGUGUCUUUGGAUGAAAUAACUAAAAAAGCAGUAGAUCUGUGGAGUAUUAAUAAUUUUGAUAAUAAACUUUCUCAUCAGACACUUAAUUGCACAUCCAGACUAAAUACCCCAAAAGAUUCAAAAACAAUUUCAGAUUGUUCUUCAUUUGACGAUUUAUUUUUAUAUAACUUGCCCAAAAAUACCACAGAAUUUUUGCAUGGAAAUAUAGCUAACGUAGACCAAAAUGAUAAAGAACAAGUUGUAGAAGGUACUUUUGAUUCUUCAGGUAUGGAAUUACUGACAAAAUUGUGUGAUGUGGAAAAAGAGCACAAUCAUAAAAAAGAACUAGAGCUGAAUGUAGUAAAGUCACAUGCGUUAAAAAAGUCUGUAACUGAUUCGGUACCUGUACACUUCACUGAAAUUAAUAAUACUGUGUCAGAGGAAAAUAGAAGAGAAUGUAGUGAGGUGUAUGAUGAUGUACUUAAUACAUGUAGUGUUUCUGAGGAUUUUGUGGAUUGUGAGGUGGAAUUUGUAAAGAUACCAUUCAGUGACAUUAAAAGUAAACCAGAACUUUUAGAUAAUGCUGCUAACACUGGGCAUUUAUAUAUUACACCUAAAACUUGUAAAAUUGAAAAUGAAAUAAGUGAAAAGAUUUGUAAUAGUUCUGAAAAAUAUUUUUUUGUACCUAAUGAUGUUUAUAAGAAUUCUUUAAAUGGAGAAUUUAUGCAGACUGCAGAUGCUUUGUGUGAUCCAUCUUUUGUAGACAUUUCUGAAGUUAUGGAGAAGAUGUCAUAUGAAGAUGCUUCAACUUAUUUUAAUUUAAAUGUUCAACAGAAAAAUCAGAAUAUCCAUUCUUCUUUAUCUUGUAAUGAUGAAAAUGUAUUUGUUCCUGAAAGUAAUGAAUUGCAGUCUGACUCAGUUAACUGUACUGAAGUUGGGUCGAGAUCAAAUAAUGAUCUGAAUGAUGAGGAAUCACAUUCCAGUUGUAAAGAUCUUUUAAUUAUAGAUGAUAAUUUGCUCAAACGUGAUAUUAGUCAUGAAGAAAGAUUGGAUUGUAAUGUCUUUGGUCUUGAUUCAUUACAAAGUCACUUGCAGAAGAAAUCAACAGCAUCAUCAUACGUGAAUGAUGAUACAGAGAAAACUUCUUUUUUGGCAAGUCUUGGACUGAAAUCACAGUCUAGUUGUGAAGCUGUGAUAAAAAACUUUGAAAGUUACAAAGGAUAUUUAGAUGUUUUAAAAGAUAAAGUAGUUAGCUCAUACUUAAAGAAUCCUCAAAUUCCUUCUGACAGAGUAAUGUCUUUUUAUCACUACCUUUGCAAGACAGGACAUCUUCGAGCUGGAAAAAUGACGUUUGUAUCAGAAGUUUACCGCAACUUAAGAAGUACCUCAAAACAGCACAUUGUAGAUGAUACACUGCCUCCAAAGAACGCCAUAUUAGUGAAAGAGAUGAAAACUCAGACAUCUCAAUGUAAUCUUUUAGCAUCCACUGAGAAUGACUUGCAAGGAACUUUUCCUUAUGCACAUGAUGAUAAAACUACUUUGAAUCAGGACAGUACAACUGUACCACCUUUAGUGCUGUGCAGUACCUCUGACACAUCAUUGUAUACAAUUACAUCAACUCCUGUCUCAAGCCCCUCUUCGGCUUCAAGCAUACUUUGGUCUACUUCUGAAAAGAAGCAUAUAUUGACAUCAUCACCAACUACCAUACAGCAUUCAGUAGCUACUACUAGUGUAUCUGGAAAUGAUCAGUUAUACAAGCCUGCCCCAAAACAGAACCAUUAUAACAAUUCCAGGAUACUCAUAAAUGAUGUAUCAACAUCAAUAAACCCUGUAGAAAAUUCACUUUCAACCAGUCAGUCAGUUACCAAGCCAAAAACUUCCACUGUGUCAACAAAGUCUACUGUACAUACUCCCAAACCAUUUCCAAAACCUUUAUUGCCAAAACCCAUCACAGUGGUUAGCUCAGUUACUUUGCCAAGUACUAUACAGUUGUCAUCAGUAUAUUCUGAUUGUACAAAUUUUAUUGGACAACAACCUACCAUUGUCACUCCUGUUAUAACAAAAAGCACCUCAGGAUGUGGACUUGUCAAUGUUGGACAGUCAGUACAAGAAAGAGCAGCUGUUUUACUUGUUCCUGUUAGCAAGCCAAUAAACUGUGUUAAUGGAGAAAAAUUUUGGAUAGCAAUACAACCCAACAAUUCCCCAAGAACAGAGGUUUUAAAACAAAAUAGUAUCAUGAAUUGUGCCAGUCCUGUGAAUAAACGGGAACUUCAGAAGAGGAAAAUUUCAGAAAUACUUCCUGACACAUCUGAUGCAUCUUUUAUUACUGGUGAUGAUGACAAGUCCAAAAGAGAUUGAAGAAAAAGACUGAAUCAUGAGAAGAAAAAUGUUUUUUGAUGAUACUGAUGAAGGAGAUGCCCCUUUAAUCAGG